ACGACCCGGAAAGAAAAUAACCUCCUUCUACCUACGUCAAAACAACAUGGCGGCUCCCGGGACUGUGUCGUGUUGGUUGUAGGAAGGCGGCCUGUUAGGAACCAAGUCGAGUUUUUAGCUAAUUAAAAAUUCAAAUGUAUCCAGGCAGAUAAUGGGUUUGUUCUAACCCGUGAAGACACCAUCGGGUGAGCAGCACACCAUGUUGGCAUCAGGGGUUGUCAGCAUGACAGCAGGCUCCAGAGGGAAGGUCAGGUCUCUGGUCUCUCUGACCAGGAGACUGUCCGCCGGCCAGCGCGGCUGCCCGGAUACAACUCACCGCCCUCCGCCCGAAACCUCCGCUCGCCUCCCGGACAGCGAGCCGGCCCCGGCGGAGGAACGGGGCAGGAGAGCCCGAAAGGACCCCAGCGGCUGCUCCGUGUUCCUCUUCCCCGGGCAGGGCAGCCAGUUUGUGGGCAUGGCUAGAGGGCUUUUAAAGUACCCCAACGUUAAAGACAUGUUUACGGUUGCCCAGAAGAUCCUCGGGUACGACCUGCUGUCUCUGUGCCUGGAGGGACCCGAGGAGGAGCUGAUGAAGACGGUCCACUGUCAGCCGGCGGUGUUUGUCACCUCCCUGGCUGCGGUGGAGAGGCUCAACCGCGAAAACCCGAAGGCCAUUGAGACGUGUGUUGCCGCUGCAGGUUUCAGCGUCGGAGAAUUUGCUGCGCUGGUCUUUUCUGGUGCCAUGAACUUUGCAGAGGCUCUGUAUGCGGUGAAGGUGCGCGCGGAGGCCAUGCAGAGAGCAUCAGAGCUGGUUCCCAGUGGGAUGCUGUCGGUCAUCGGUCGACGUCAGGCUCAGUAUAAAUAUGCUUGUCUGCAAGCUAAAGAGCACUGCAAGAGCCUGGGGAUCGAGGAGCCGGUGUGCUCUGUGGCCAACUAUCUGUUCCCUGACGGCAGGGUCAUCGCAGGGCACCAGCAGGCUCUGGACUUCCUCCGCCGGAACUCCAGACGCCUCGAGUUCACGAGGACCAAGCCUGUCCCAGUAAGCGGAGCUUUUCACACUGAGCUGAUGGCGUCGGCUACCGAACCCCUCAGAGAGGUUCUCAGACAGGUGGAGGUGCGGCGUCCCGAGAUCAACGUGUACUCCAACGUCGACGGCAAGCGCUACAUGAAUGAGAGCCACGUGCGCCGACACCUGGUGAAGCAGCUGGUGGCGCCUGUGAAGUGGGAGCAGACCCUGCACGAGAUCUACGAGAGGACGCAGGGAGAGAGGUUCCCUCACACCUACGAGGUUGGCCCGGGUAAGCAGCUGGGUGCCACGCUGCAGAAGUGCAACAUGAAGGCCUUCAAAACAUACACAGAUGUGCAAGUCACCGCUUAUGAGGACUGAUAACGCAGAGGCGUGGGCUCGGUGAAUUAAAAACAACCGAGCAGGAGGAGGAAAAACAGGCCUCAGUGCUUAUUUUAUCUCAGCCAUCCCGACCAGCAAGACCAGUAAAACCUGCAAGCUCCUGUGGUUGCUUCUUAAGGUCUUGUUUGUGUAUAACUGUGUAAUUAAAUAAAUGCUUCUUUUUUUUUU